UUGAACGAUAAUACUUCCUUAAAACACGUUCGAACAGCAUAUAGGACUUGAUUAAUGGGGACCCUGUGACCAAGAGCAGAUGUGGGUGUGACGAAUUGUGGAAUUUGCGCGCACAACCUGUAACGAUCAUUCUGAGGCGGGCAGUGUAGAGAGCAGGCCGCACUAUGGCAGGGCUCCCUCCCGAUAUGUUCUACCUCGUGCAAAGGAAUGAGAUUUUGACUUUACAGAACAGGCAGUUGACAGAUAGAAUAGCACACCUGGAGUAUCAGUUUCAACAGACCGUUCAAGAGCAUAGAAGACAGCUGGCACAAAAGGAGGUAGAGAAGAGUGCAGUACAGAGAGAGGUGGAGAGACUGGGGGAAGAGAAGGCUACAGUGCAGAGAGAGGUGGAGAGGCUGGUGGGAGAGAAGGCUACAGUACAGAGAGAGGUGGAGACGCUAAGGGCCCAGCUUCCGGAGGUCAGGGACGAUGGCCAGCCCAAAAGAAAGCGAAAAAAGAUGAAUGACACCGAGAAACCAUAUUCCGCAUUGAGGCCAAGCUCCCUGCGGGGCAAGAGAGGAGACCUGAGAGAGAGAUUCCUGGAGCCAGCUUUUCGCGAGUUGCCCCGCCAUAUUGUGAAAGCAAACGUCACGUUCAGGACUGAAGACGGCUUUUGCCUGGAUGUAGAGUGGCCCCAAGGUCUCUAUGACCGUAGGAACAACCCCCCUCCAGCUCAGCACGUCCCCGUCACAGGCCGUGGAUACCGCCACCAGACAGAAGAGACCAAAGACCUGGUCCGGUGGUGUGUCCACUUCAAGGACCAGGCCUCUGUCUCGGAUGUCUGGUGGCACGAGCUUCACAUGAAGUUUCCCAAGGUCAUACCACCCAUUGGUUGGGUCCGUGAGGAGAGAGUUGAGCAGAACUCCUUCCUUCCCUACCAGAUGGAAGAGAACGCCAGGGAUGGAAAUGGGGCGUCGCGGAGUGUCAAGGAGAUAAUCACCCACCAUCUACAGCUGCCUGAAAACCAGCACCUGCUAGAGGCUGACGAGCCAGUGGUCAGCUUCCGAUAUGGUGUGGAUGGCCGGCCACAAGCGAAGAAUACGGUCAUUGGAGCUGUGAUGGCGUGCAUCACACCCGUAAGGGACCUGGAGGAGGCGAGGAGACGACCUCGCUUGGUCCGAGACGAAUAUUGUGUUUUUGUGUAUAGCGGCAAGGAGAGCUAUGAGGAGCAGGUGCAGUCCGGCUCUCGUGUAUUCAGAGAGAUGGAGGACCUCCAACAGAACGGACUGCACCUGAAAGUAGGAGAAGAAGAAGACGGCCAGGACAGAACAAAACAUGUCAAGAUUAAUUGGUACAUUCUUUCCGACUGGAAGGCGCUAGCAGAGAUGAUGGGUCUCGUUGGGCCAACAGGGAAAUACUUCUGUGUUCUGUGCUACUGCACCAAAGAGCACUUGUCACGCUUCAGUCAAGACUUCUCACUGAGGACACAUGACAAGGCAGCCCAGUGCAUCCGGGACAGGGAUAAGCGAGGUCACCAGAAGCUGCCUGUCAUGAGUAUACCAUGGGGAAAUGUUAUCAUUGACACCCUACACAUGUAUCUCAGGAUAGGCGGGAAGUUGCUCACUCAGCUCAUUGGCUGGGUCAUUGACCAGAAUGUCCCUGAGAAGUUGGAGCAAGCCAUGAGAGAUGUGGGGGUUGGGACGUUCUACUUGAGAGAGGAGGGAAACAGGCAGGGCACCAACACCUUCAAGUGGAAAUCUUUGUCAGCAAAAGAGCUCAAGAAAGCAAUAAAGAUGCUGCCAGACAGACUACCGGACAUUAUUGAGAAUGUCGGCAUAACCAGGGAAGCAAAGAUUGACAGCUUGCAGGGGCGGACACUUACAGCCAUCCUGCAAAGCAAAGGAGCAAAGGUUCCACAUAAGGUCUCAGAAAGGAAAGCCCUCCUAAAGGAACUUCUUGGAGGAGCGGAAAGGAUAACAGUACCUGGGAGGCCCGGUACUCGUGUGCAAAUCCAAGUGGCUGACAUACAAGAGAUUUGGCGGGAGUUCUCGAGAAUCAUGGAUAUGCCCAAGGACCCAAGGCUCCAUAACAACUACAAGGCAGCUGCCAGACAAUGGGUCCUGAAGUUUCGAGACACCACAUACCUCGAAGAUUGUACGCCGUACAUGCACUACUUUGCCUGCCAUGCUGGUGACCAGCUGCAAGAGCAUCCGUUCUUGCACUACGUGAAUUGCGAGACAAUUGAGAAAAAAAACCACGUGCAGACGAGGCGGUACCACUUGGCCACGCAGAAGGGGGGAGGUCGCAACCACAGCAAGUGGGCCGAGCAGUUAAUGCAGAUGGAAAAUCGAGAAACUUUUGCGGCCAUCCAUGGGAUUGGGCAGAGGGAGAAGAGGAAGUGGACGAGGAGAGCCCAGCCUGACGAUCCUGGGUAUGGUGGGGGAUCCGCCUCGGACAGCGACUCUGAAGAAUCGACGGUGGGCAGCAACACCGAUGAACUGGAUGGUGAUGAUGAUGAUGAUGACAGGAUUGUAUAUGAUGGUGAAGAGGAUGACUAGUUCUAGUUGUUACAUCAUGCCUCAUCUGCGGCCUC